CUGCCUUCUCUGGUUUCACAAAAACAUCCCGGCUCCGAUGCCGGAGCUCCUCAAAGCGUCUGAGAGGCCCCUUGCGGACGCCCUGGGAGCCCCGCUGCCUUCCUGAACCAGUGGCCGCUGCACCCAUCCUGGGGGCCCAGCUCCAGGACUCUGAGGCUGAGAGGGGCAGCUUAAGGGGAGGGCCCCCCCACUGGCCAGGGCUCCCCAGGCUCUGCUGCUCUGCCACUCAGCUGCCCUCGGAGGAGCGCGCACACCCACCAGGACUGCCUUGCCCCAGCCGUACAGCCCCUGCCAGAUGUGGGAGGCAGCUAUCUGCCCAGAGGCAUGCCCCCCUGUCAGCCACGUCGACCCCUGCUACUGUUGCUGCUGCUGCUGGCCUGCCAGCCACAGGCCCCCUCCGCUCAGGUGAUGGACUUCCUGUUUGAGAAGUGGAAGCUCUACGGUGACCAGUGUCACCACAACCUGAGCCUGCUGCCCCCUCCCACGGAGCUGGUCUGUAACAGAACCUUCGACAAGUAUUCCUGCUGGCCAGACACCCCCGCCAAUACCACGGCCAACAUCUCCUGCCCCUGGUACCUGCCUUGGCACCACAAAGUGCAACACCGCUUCGUGUUCAAGAGAUGCGGGCCCGAUGGUCAGUGGGUGCGCGGACCCCGGGGGCAGCCUUGGCGUGACGCCUCUCAGUGCCAGAUGGACGGCGAGGAGCUUGAGGUCCAGAAGGAGGUGGCUAAGAUGUACAGCAGCUUCCAGGUGAUGUACACGGUGGGCUACAGCCUGUCCCUGGGGGCCCUGCUCCUCGCCUUGGCCAUCCUGGGGGGCAUCAGCAAGCUGCACUGCACCCGCAACGCCAUCCAUGCGAACCUGUUUGUGUCCUUCGUGCUGAAGGCCAGCUCCGUGCUGGUCAUCGAUGGGCUACUCAGGACCCGCUACAGCCAGAAGAUUGGCGACGACCUCAGUGUCAGCAUCUGGCUCAGUGAUGGAGCGGUGGCCGGCUGCCGUGUGGCCGCAGUGUUCAUGCAAUAUGGCGUCGUGGCCAACUACUGCUGGCUGCUGGUGGAGGGCCUGUACCUGCACAACCUGCUGGGCCUGGCCACCCUCCCUGAGAGGAGCUUCUUCAGCCUCUACCUGGGCAUCGGCUGGGGUGCCCCCAUGCUGUUCAUCAUCCCCUGGGUGGUGGUCAGGUGUCUGUUCGAGAACAUCCAGUGCUGGACCAGCAAUAACAACAUGGGCUUCUGGUGGAUCCUGCGGUUCCCCGUCUUCCUGGCCAUCCUGAUCAACUUCUUCAUCUUCAUCCGCAUUGUUCACCUGCUCGUGGCCAAGCUGCGGGCACGGCAGAUGCACCACACAGACUACAAGUUCCGGCUGGCCAAGUCCACACUGACCCUCAUCCCCCUGCUGGGUGUCCACGAAGUGGUCUUCGCCUUCGUGACGGACGAGCACGCCCAGGGCACCCUGCGCUUCGCCAAGCUCUUCUUCGACCUCUUCCUCAGCUCCUUCCAGGGCCUGCUGGUGGCUGUCCUCUACUGCUUCCUCAACAAGGAGGUGCAGUCGGAACUUCGGCAGCAUUGGCACCGCUGGCGCCUGGGCAAAGUGCUGCAGGAGGAGCGGGGCACCAGCAACCACAAGGCCCCAUCUGCGCCUGGCCAAGGCCUUCCUGGCAAGAAGCUGCAGUCUGGGAGGGGUGGUGGCAGCCAGGACUCAUCUGCGGAGAUCCCCUUGGCUGGUGGCCUCCCUAGGUUGGCUGAGAGCCCCUUCUCAACCCUGCUGGGACCCCAGCUAGGGCUGGACUCAGGCACCUAGAGGGCAUCGCUGGACAACCCAGAACCAGACGCCCAGCUGAGGCUGGGGGCAGGGGAGCCCAAAGCAGCCCCCGCCUAUCCCCUACCCCCAGUGUGGCAGUC